CGCUGCCUUGCCUUCACAAACACGGAAGCAGCAUGGCGUCCGGCGGCUCUGGCGGCCAGAUGACAGCCAAGCACAGGCUGAGCGUGAUCGCCGGCCACCUCCAGAGACCGGGGACCGGGGACGGGGACGCGGCCGUCCGAGCCGCGGAGUGCAGAGCCCCGGAGGGCCCGGCAGAUGUGUCGGAGGAGAGGACGGCGGUGCCCCGGAGGAGGCAAGAGAUUAUGAAGUGGAAUGGCUGGGGAUACAGUGAUUCAAGAUUUCUCUUUAAUAAGAAAGGCCAAGCAGAAUUUACUGGCAAAAGGUAUAGAUUAAGUGGUAUGAUCAUCCCAGGACUCAAAGAUUGGUUUGAGAGCACAUUUGGUGCCAGUCUGCAGCAUAAAACUCCACCUACUUCCAACCUGAAUAGCAGUAAUGUGCAGCCUGCCACUGUAAACGAGGCCUUCGUGGAGGAAAUGAAAUCAACCGGUAUUCCCUUCUCUCAGGACACAGAAGACCGCGUGUUUCGUGGCCAUGGCCACUGCUUACAUGAGAUCUUUGCUCUGAGAGAGGGGAAAAUUGGCCGCGUUCCAGAUAUGGUGGUAUGGCCAAACUGUCACAAUGACGUAGUAAAAAUUGUGGAGCUGGCGAGUAAACACAAUGUUUGUUUGAUACCAUACGGAGGUGGGACGAGUGUCUCCAGUGCUUUAGAGUGUCCUCAAGAGGAAACUCGCUCCAUCGUCUCCUUGGAUACCUCACAGAUGAACCGCAUCCUGUGGAUUGAUGAGAAAAAUUUAACUGCGCGUGUGGAGGCUGGCAUCAUUGGUCAGGAUCUGGAGAGGCUGCUUAAUGAGAGCGGUUACUGUACAGGCCAUGAGCCCGACUCCAUGGAGUUCAGCUCCCUGGGGGGCUGGGUAGCAACCAGAGCAUCAGGGAUGAAGAAGAACAUCUAUGGCAACAUUGAAGACCUGGUCGUCCACAUAAAGAUGAUUACCCCACAAGGUGUGAUUGAAAAGAGUUGUCAGGGGCCACGCAUGUCCACGGGGCCAGACAUUCACCACUUCAUCCUGGGCUCAGAAGGAACGCUGGGUGUGAUUACAGAGGUAACAAUGAAGAUUCGUCCCAUGCCAGAAUAUCAGAAAUACGGCUCUGUGGUGUUCCCCAGUUUCGAGCAGGGAGUUGCCUGUCUUCGAGAGGUUGCCAAGCAGAGGUGCGCUCCAGCAUCUAUACGGCUCAUGGAUAAUGAACAGUUCAAAUUUGGUCACGCCCUGAAGCCUCAAGUAUCGUCAUUAUUCACGUCAUUUCUGGAGGGGCUGAAGAAGUUGUAUAUCACUAAGUUCAAAGGGUUUGACCCGAACCGCUUGUGCGUGGCCACCCUGCUGUUCGAGGGAGACCGUGAGAAGGUCCUGCAGCACGAGAAGCAAGUCUAUGACAUCGCCGCUAAAUUUGGGGGCCUGGCAGCUGGAGAGGACAAUGGGCAGAGGGGCUACAUGUUGACCUUCGUCAUUGCUUACCUCCGGGACUUGGGGAUGGACUAUUUUGUGAUUGGAGAGUCCUUUGAAACCUCUGUGCCUUGGGACAGGGUGUUGGACAUCUGCAGGAAUGUAAAGGCGCGCAUUAUUGGAGAGUGCAAAGACAAAGGAGUCCAAUUUCCACCGUUAUCCACAUGCAGGGUGACCCAGACGUACGACGCCGGCGCCUGCAUCUACUUUUACUUUGCGUUCAACUACAGGGGACUCGCUGAUCCAGUGCACGUGUACGAGCAAGUGGAGCAUGCAGCGAGGGAAGAGAUUCUUGCCAACGGAGGAAGCUUGUCACAUCACCAUGGAGUGGGGAAACUUCGGAAGGAGUGGAUGAGAGACUCCGUCUCCAAUGUCGGCGUGGGGAUGCUGAAGUCUGUCAAGGACUAUCUGGAUCCACAAAACAUCUUCGGCAACAGGAACCUCCUCUAGCCAGUCCCGUCCAUCUUUAUCUGACUCUCUUUUUUUUCUUUUUUCUAAAGCAUUUUUGGAUUAACAUAUACUAAAUAUAAGUAAAAAAAAAAAAAUUGGACCGCAAUCUCGUCUUUUCCAUCAGCUGACAUUUGGUGCCAUUAAAUCAUUGACUCAGAUCUUUUUUCUUGUUCUCGUUAACGCCAUGAAUCUGCUGCAACGUUUCCCCGUCGUUCACGUGGAAGCUCAUUCGUGUCAGCUUCUCGUGACCUGGCAGCGUGGUGCGACUAAACCUCGUUUACUCAUUUGUUUUUCGGUUCCACCGUCCCCUUCAACAUCCUUGCCAACAUAGUAAAAACUAUUUGUGUUCUCGUUCUUGCCAUGUGUGGGUGCGUGUGUGUAUGUGUGGCACUCCCUUAGAUCCAGACUCCUAGAUGAAUGCGCUUUCUGAAGCUCGGUGCCUUUCUAAAGCUUUUGUCUGCCAUCCCCUUCGACUGCAGUGAGUCCCCUUUUGAAGGAAAACUGUCUUGAAGGUUUUCAAUGUCUCCUUUUUCCCUUUUUUUUUUUUUUUUUUUAAAUGCCCUCCUGCUGUCUGAUGUACUGACCUGUUGCCAUAAGAGACUUUGCUUCUGGACCGAGUGUGUUCAUGUGUGCCAGACCUGUCCAGCCUAACUCCCUCAUCGUGCUCCACCAAAUUUUUUAUAAAAACACUUAAGACAUGCAGUACGACUGCAGAGAUGCGUCUUAUGUGUGUAUGUGUGUGUGUGUGUCUAGUUUUUUUUUGCACUGCAAGUGGUCAGCUUGCGUGAUUUGUUACUAAGGAAGAAAAGUGGGAAAAGUAGCCAUUUCAACUGUCUGUUUUUAGUCACGACCGAGUUUUCAGUUUAAGGUGCUCGCCACGUACCAAAGACUCGAUUCAUCAGAUCUUGCAAACAUACUGUACACGUUUGUACAGUAUUGAUAUCAUAACAGCCUUUGUGAUUUGAUGAUUUCAGACAGUUGCAUUUUCUCUCUCUCUCUCUCUCUCUAAACAGAAAUAAUCAUCAUCAGAGCUCUUAAUUGUAAAUACUCAUAUAACUGUUACAUGUGCUAGAACUUUAAACCUCACUUAAUUACAUCAUGAUUGGAGUCUCCCUUAGUGCCCCAACAAAGGAAAACAUUCCUCAGGGCCGCCAACGGUUCAAUAGCUUAGUGUUUACAUAUUGUGGGGAAGGUUUUUGGAGCGGUUACUGUAGCGCGCUAGGUUUUGAUACUAGACUUGUGACAUGAAGCCACUCCUUUUUGAGGACAUUUUCAUCUUUUUAUCCUGAUCUAUGCUUCAAAAAUAACCCUCCAAUUAAGACCGUUUUGGGAACUGACAUUUUACCCCGUAUGACCAAAAAAAAACAACAAAAA